AUGAAGUUGUACGCACUGAGUGGUGAUCCGGCAAAACCAUGUUACGUACUCAGCUACAAAGGAUUGAUGAUAAUGCUAGAUUGUGGUCUAUCGAUUAGUUCCGUGUUGAAUUUUCUUCCGUUACCUUUGGUCCAGAGUCCAAAGUUUCAGUGUCUGCCCAAUUGGAACUGCCGAGAUUCAGAUAUUCAGCUCGAGGAUGGGGAAAUUAAAGAAUGCUGCGGGUGUGCCUUCGUUAAUUCGGCACCCGAAUUUGUGCCACCGCUAGAAAAACUUAUCGAUUUCUCCGAAAUUGACGUGAUCCUGAUUUCGAACUACACAAACAUGCUGGCACUGCCGUUCAUCACCGAAGGAACGGGUUUCUGUGGGACGGUGUACGCUACCGAACCGACACUGCAAAUUGGUCGAUUCUAUCUCGAAGAAUUAGUUGAAUACAUCGAGGCGUCUCCGAAGGAAAAUACCGCUCGGAUGUGGAAAGAAAUCCAGCACCAGCUACCGAUACCGCUAAAUGACGUGUUCAAGCCAAAGAAUUGGCGUCACUUGUUCAGCAUGGACGCGGUAAACAAGAGCUUAGCGCGAGUCCAAAUGACCGGAUACGAUCAGAAAUUGGACAUCUUCGGUGCCCUGCAAGUGACGCCAAUCAGCUCGGGCUUCUGCCUCGGAUCGAGUAAUUGGACGAUCGUUUCGGGACAGGAGAAAAUUUCCUACAUCAGUGGCUCAUCUACGCUGACCACACACCCACGUCCCAUAAAUCAGACCGCGUUGAAGUACUCGGACGUUGUCAUCAUGACUGGGCUAACGCAGGCCCCACACGUCAACCCAGAUGCGAUGCUCGGCGAGCUUUGUAUGAAUGUAAUGAUGACAUUGCGCAACGGUGGUUCCGUGCUGAUACCUUGCUACCCGUCCGGCGUGGUAUACGAUCUGUUCGAAUGUCUCUCUGUGAGUCUGGACAACCAGGGCUUCACACAGAUUCCGAUGUUCUUUAUCUCACCAGUAGCGGACAGCUCGCUCGCGUAUUCAAACAUCUUGGCCGAAUGGCUCUCGACGUCCAAGCAAAAUAAGGUCUACAUUCCGGACGAACCUUUUCCGCACGCGAGCCUUGUGAAGAACGCGAAGCUCAAACAUUUCAAGCACAUCGACUCGGAGGGCUUUAGCACCGAGUUUCGUCAGCCAUGCGUUGUGUUUUGUGGUCAUCCUAGCCUACGGUUCGGCGACGCCGUUCAUUUCGUUGAGCUAUGGGGAUCAAAUCCGUUGCACACGAUCAUUUUCACUGAGCCGGAUUUCCCACACAUGCAGGCACUUGCCCCAUACCAACCGCUCGCUAUUAAGACGGUGUACUGUCCUAUAGAGACAUCGCUAAAUUUCCAGCAAGCGAACAAGCUGAUUAAGGAGCUAAAACCUGGCGUGCUGGUGAUACCGGAGAACUACACGCAACCGCCGGCCAUCGCGCCGCAAAAGCUGGAUCUCGUCAUCGAUCAGGUUCCGGACAAAAUGAUCAUCAAGUUCAAGCGGGGUGAGGUAAUCAAGCUACCGUUAAAACGAAAACGGGGCCGCGUUUACCUAAACCCUAAGAUGGCCAAGAGUAUCGUCCCGCAAGAGGUUCAACCGGGUGUAACUGUCACAACCCUGACGGGUGUGUUGCAGGUCAAGGACAACAUUCACGAUCUGCUUCCGCUGGAACCGACCAAAGACGAGCUGGCAGAGGAACACAAAUCGAAAUCCAUGACCGGUCCUCCGCAACCGUACAGCCAACUCCGCAACAUUCGCUACGAGUGGGGAACGCUGGACAUCAAUCUGUUGCUAAAGAAGCUAGCACAAGAUGGCUUCACAGACCUGAAAGUCGAACAGGGCAGUGCCGAAGAGGUAAUACUCGUACUACCGUCUGAGGAUACCGUCAUUAGGGUGAGCGAAAAGAGCACUGAAAUUGUUUGCGGUGGGAAACAAAGUUUACGGUUGAAACUCCGAGACCUUCUGCUUCAGUGUGUACAAAGUUUUUAA